UAGGCCCUGGCCCGGGCCUUUUUAGUGUUUUCCACCACGCCGCCAUGUGUCCCGCCAGCCGGGCGCGCGGGCCUGUGUGCAGGGCAGCGGCUCGUCGCUGGGUUUCCUGGGCCUGUUUCUGCAAGUAAUUACGCCGGCGAUGAGCAAGCGCAAUAGUGAACGUGGUCAUCGUUGCUUGGGCGUUCUCCGGAACUGCCCGCUUGCUGUGGGUCCGCGGCACGUGACGCCCUGGCAAGGCGGGGCCCGGGAGCGUUUGGCUGUUUUUUUUCUUUUCCUUCGUAUUGGAAUCUCUCUAUGGACUGAGACCAAUCGGGAUGCGCCCCAUCGGGUGGGGGCGCGGCCGGAAUUGUCAGCAGUACUUUACUUGGAGACACUGGCUCGGCACUACGUUCCUGGAAUUUGCGCUCUGAUGGCCUCGUUUUUUUUUUUUGUCAAGAUUUCGACUUUAUCGCCCGCCACUUGAACACGGCGCCUGUCGGGCUUGUGUCUGAUCUUGGGUGCCCAAUUUGCAACGGUGUUUGAUUGCCCGAUGCUCACUGUUC